UCGUGUCUCUCCCGUGUCUCUCUGCAGUUGCAGGCUGCACUACAGUUGGUAGCUGUUGGCCACAGGUUGUGGAUGAGGGCACGCGCACACAAUCCGCCUGAAAACCAAUCAAUAAAAGGACUCUGAAGUGAAGUUGAUGUUUCAUUUGGGAGCACUUCCCUCAACAUGAGGGUCCGUAACUGAUUUUGGAUAUUGAACACAGGCUACCAGUUGCUAAAAGUUCAAUAUCCAUUUUCUAGAGUUUCGGCGAACAGAACUGGGCGCAAUUACGCACGGCGUUUACUAUGGCACCGAUUUUGGAUAGACGAGCUCCCGCUUUACUCUUGGUUUGGAGUUACUGCGUACUGGCGGAUACUGCUUUUACGAACUUUACUUUGGACAACGAGUUCCACUCCAGUUUUAUCCAUCGUCGGCUCAAGAGCCAGGAGCGCAGAGAGAUGCAGCGGGAGAUCCUGUCGAUCCUGGGGCUGCCGCACCGGCCGCGACCCCACCUCCACGGAAAGCACAACGCUGCCCCGAUGUUUAUGUUGGACUUGUACAACGCCAUGUCCACUGAGGGGGACGAGGACAGAUACUCCUACCCCUACAAGCCCGUCUUCACCACCCAGGGGCCCCCGAUAGCCAGCCUGCAAGACAACAACUUCUUGAACGAUGCAGACAUGGUCAUGAGCUUUGUCAAUUUAGUGGAGCACGACAAGGAAUUCCUACCAGUGCGGCGGCAUCAUCGAGAGUUCAGAUUCGACCUAUCACGGAUCCCCGAGGGCGAAGCAGUCACUGCUGCUGAGUUUCGUAUAUAUAAAGACUUCAUCCAUGAACGUUACGAUAAUGAGACCUUCCGCAUCAGUGUCUACCAGGUGCUGGAGGAACACUCUGAUAGGGAGUCUGACCUGUUUCUCCUGGACUCAAGGGUGAUCUGGGCAGCACAGGAGGGCUGGCUGGUUUUUGACGUGACAGCCACCAGUAACCACUGGGUCCUGAACCCAGGCAGAAACCUGGGUCUACAGUUGGCUCUGGAGAGCACAAAUGGAGAGAGUAUUAAUCCUCGUGUGGCGGGGUUGAUUGGUCGUAGUGGGCCUCAGAAUAAACAGCCCUUCAUGGUGGCCUUCUUCAAAGCCACUGAGGUGCACCUGCGAAGCAUCCGCUCAGCACCAGGGGGGGCCAAACAGCGUAACCCCAACCGCUCCAAAGGGGCAAAGAGCCAAGAGGCACUCAGAGUGGCCAACGUUGCAGAAAACAGCAGUACUGAUCAGAAGCAGGCGUGUAAGAAGCAUGAGCUCUACGUCAGUUUCAGAGACCUGGGGUGGCAGGACUGGAUCAUCGCUCCAGAAGGAUAUGCAGCGUACUAUUGCGAGGGAGAGUGUGCCUUCCCACUGAACUCCUACAUGAACGCCACAAACCAUGCUAUUGUGCAAACCCUUGUCCAUUUCAUUAACCCAGAGACGGUUCCGAAGCCUUGUUGUGCUCCCACGCAGCUCCAUGCCAUCUCAGUGCUCUACUUUGAUGACAGCUCUAACGUCAUCCUCAAGAAAUACCGCAACAUGGUGGUCAGAGCUUGUGGCUGCCACUAGAUUGUCAGCAUCUUCACAUAGAGACACACACAUACACACACACACACACACACACUCAAACAAACACACACGAGUAGAGAGGGCUUCUCUUUGCUGUCAGACACCAUUUGAAACUUUGAGAGCGAAUUACAGUGCAUGCUCAUGCAUUUUAUGAACGUUCAGAGAGUUCAAGACGGUUUCCUGUGUGGAAAAAGCUCUCAUUUCAUUCUCAAGGUUGUCUUGAAGUAAACAUGAUGUUGUGUGGCCAAACAGGGAUUUCAGUCAAUUUUAGAUUCCUCUCCACAAGUACACACACGCACGCGCGCAAACAAACACGCACAUACACACCCUUUUGUGCUUUCUACUGUGUAUACAAGACAUUUAAAGCAGUGAUUGUACUGUAUAUUCAUUCACAGUCAACAGUCUUUUGUUUAUUUCAGUAACUGUUAUUGUAGUUCAUUCUUUUACUGUAGAUUUUAUUAUAUAUAUUAUAUUUUUAUGACUGAGAGACCCGGAUGGAAGUUCUGAAUUUAUGAACUCUUCUAUGUACAAUACUGUGUAAAUAAUUUUUCAAACAAAGCAAGAAGUGUAUUUAUUUCCUGGAAUGUCAAUAGGGUAUGUGUUUUCUCAUGUAUGUACUGCUUCCUGUUUUCUUUCACAUGAUAGUACAUAUAUAAACUCUGCAAAAACGAAAACAAAGUUGACAGGAUACUACUUUGACACGAGUUCAGGCUCACACGCCUCUCUCUGCCUGACGUGUGGUGGGAGGCAAUUUAUGACAACUUGGACCUGUGGAAAUGUCUACAGAUUUUUAUCAUUCGAAGCUGUUACAUAAAACCUGCACAUUUUCACGACAACAAUCAACUGAACUGUCGGGGUGCGGGCGGGUGGGGUG